AUGAACGAAGGAAAAGAAUACGUACAGAUUUAGGGAAAGCCAUAACCAAAUAAUUAAAGGAGAGAAAUAGGCGAUGAUGCUGUUUGGACUUUAAGUUCUGCAAAACCAGGAAAUGGCGUAGAUUAGUUAAGAGAUGGGGAUGAAAAAACAUUUUGGUAAUCAGACGGUAAUUAGCCUCAUUUGAUUAACAUAUAAUUCCUUAAAAAAAUGAGAGUUCAAGAAGUCGCAAUGUAUCUAGAUUUUAAAACUGAUGAGAGUUAUACUCCAAGCAAGAUAUCUAUAAGAGCAGGAACAAAUUUAUAAGAUUUAAAGGAAAAUGUAUAUGUUGAAUUGGUAGAGCCUUCAGGAUGGUAUAUUUUCCCUUUAAAGACUAAAUUACUUGAUGAAUCAGAAAAGCCAUAUAUACUGACUAUGAACCUAUAAAUUGCUAUUUUGCAAAACUAGCACAGCGGUAAAGAUACUCACAUAAGGCAAGUUUUAGUGUUUGGCCCGAGAGAAAAGUAGAACCAAGGUUUAGGUUUUCCUGAUUUUAAAAGCCCAGAAAUUACUUAAUACUACUCAAUUAGAUGA